UUCGUUUACAAGAGACCAGGAGAGAUGUAGCGGCAAGUAUGAUGUGGCAACCUUGAGCGGGUAUAUAAGGCAGGUGAAGCUAGGUGGCGUCUAGUGUGUGUACAGCAACAGUGGUGGUUGUUCUGUCAUCAAAUCUUCUUAUAUAUACUAUGAUGAGACUUUGGUGGUGUAUAUGUGUGUGUGUGGUCGUGACUGUGAGAGUGGAGGCCCAGAGUAACGGUGUCACCACCAAGAUCGGUCUCGUCUCCUCAGACUUGGGUCUUCCUCCUGUAGUAGGCAACCCACAAGCCUUCAGCGGGUGCUUGCCCAGGUCAGAAAUUGUGUUGUCCUGAUGGCAGCGUUCCUCCACGACCAGGCCAGAUAGGUAGGCCCAGGCCUGUCCGUCCCUUCCCAGCGCAGAUUAACACUGGUGCUUGCGGCAUCCAGAAUCCUCAACCAUUAAAUGGCCAGGGAGCUAACAUUGCUGAGGCUGACUUCGGAGAGUACCCGUGGAUGGCUGUGGUGUUAGACUUCGAUGAUAACUACAAGGGCGGUGGCGCUCUCAUCAGUGAGAACUGGGUGCUCACAGCUGCUCACAAGGUUGUUAAUGAGAGGAACCUGAAGGUGCGGUUGGGUGAUUACGAUGUAAGUAUCCCUCAGGAACACCCAUCACUCAGUCAUGUGGAUAUACCUGUCAGUAAUGUGAUCAUUCACCCACAAUUUAAGAGCGACACACUGCAGAAUGAUGUGGGUUUACUGCGGCUGAGGAACCCCGUCAACACCAGACAGUAUCCUCACAUCGGUACAGUCUGCCUCCCACAGCAGGACCAGAUCUUCGAUGGAGACAACCAAUGCUGGGUGACCGGGUACGGGAAAGACGCCUUUGAUAGCACUGGCCAGUUCCAACGCAUCCUGAAGGAGGUAGACGUUCCCAUGGUGGAUCCCAUCGUGUGCCAGCACCGCCUCAGGAACACUCGUCUCGGACAGGACUUCCUUCUGGACAGAAGGUCAUUUGUGUGUGCUGGAGGCAUUGCCGGGAAGGACGCCUGCACGGGUGACGGAGGUGCUCCACUGGUGUGUAGGCCUGAAGGUGGAGGCUGGACAGUAGUAGGUCUGGUAGCCUGGGGUAUCGGCUGUGCUAGUAGUGAGGUGCCAGGUGUCUAUGUCAGUGUUCCUGCCUUUGCUAACUUCAUCCGUCAACAUGUAAGGUAA